CUUCACAAUUUUUAUUUUUUGAGGUUAGGGCAUAUGUUUUUCAGACAAAACUUAGAAGCUCUCGGUAGAGAGUAGUAUAUUCCUUGCUUAGAAGUUAGUUUAUACAACACAACAUUAAUUAUUAUUAAUGGAAAAUUUAAUUUGAUACCUAAAUUCGGUUUAAAAUAUAUUGCAAUUUACAUGAUACAGUUGAUUGCAGAGCAUUGCCAUUGUUUUUCUUUUCUAUUAUUAAUAAAUUACCCAAAAUGAAACGAAGACACGAUCACAUAGAUGCUGAGGAAUCAAAAUUAUCAUCACUACUCUUCAACAAAAAUGAAAAUUUCGUUGAAAAACUAAAAAACAAAGAGACACAGGAUGAUGUAACUGAGCGUAAACCAAUCUGGAAGGAUGAAGACGAUGAACAGUAUCGCGUUAAUGCUGUUAUACCUAAAUUGAGUGACAAUGGGCUUUACGCCAAAAAACUUAAACAGAAAUAUGAAACCUUAAUUGGCACACCUGGUUGGGCGAAAAUCAGUGAAAAGAAGGAAGAUAAAGGAUACAAAUCGGAUGUUAUGAAAACAGUUGGCCAUUUACAAAAGAAAAAGAUAACAAAGUUUAGUAAACAGAUAUUAGAGGUUACUAACCAUACAAAAAUUGUGACAAAUCGCAAAACUGUUACUUCCUCAGCAGAAUUCCAUCCCAAAGUGAGUGCAAUUUUAUUAGGAGAACAUACAGGUAUAGUUUCACUUUAUUCAAUUGAAGAGAAACCAAAUAAGUUACAUAGUUUCAAGCUAGGAGGCUGGCAAAUAAGCCGAGCAAAGUUUAAUCCUGAUGGUUCAAAGGCCUAUAUUUCGUCAAAACUUAAACAUAAUUACUGUGUUUAUGACUUGGUUCAAGCAAGCAAUAAGGUGAUUCAGCUACCCAAGGCAGUUAAAAGGGCUUGCAUUUUUGAACUAUCGCCCGAUGGAAAAUUUAUUGCGGCUACCAUGGGAUUUGAUGAAGUUUUCAUACUGUGUUCAAAGUCAAAUGAGCUCUUGAAGUCUCUAAAGAAUAACACUAAUGUAAAAUCGAUAGUAUUUAGCCCUGACUCUUCACAAAUAUACUGUUACAAUGAAGAAGGUUACGUUGUUGUUUGGGACUUAAAAACAUACAGGGCAGUGAAAAAAUUCCUUGAUAAUGGGUGUAUCAAUCCCUCCUGUAUUAAAAUGAGUCCUUGCGGUCGACUUUUAGCUACCGGUACAGGUGAGGGUAUAGUCAAUGUGUACGAAACUUCAAAUAUAACCACCAGUGACCCGAUUCCCUUGAAAACGAUAUCACAUUUACAGACAAAGAUAUCAAAUAUCAAUUUUAAUUCCUCUUCUGAGGUGCUAUCUCUUGCAUCAAGUUACUAUCCCAACGCUUUGAAACUGGUGCACAUACCAUCUUAUCACGUUUUUGGCAAUUUUCCACCACAAACUACUAAUUUAGUACAAGUUGAGACGGUUAACUUCUCUCCAAACAGUGGUUAUAUGAGUAUAAGUAACAACAAAGGUGUUGUUAACCUGUUUAGGUUGAGGCAUUUCCGUAAUUAUUAAGAUAAUAAAGAUGUUUUAUUGAUA